UGAGAGUAUCUUUGGCACUGAUGGUAUGUUUGGAAUGGUGACUGAAGGAUCUAGUGAUUUCUUCUUUUGUAUGAUUAUAACUCUACAGUUUAAUCACAAUCAUAGCAAUGGAAGGGAAGAUCCGAAAGAUGUAUUUUGCUCGCUUCAGUUGUUUGAAGCUGUUGGUGUAAAGUAUUGAAGAUUACAGACAACUGCUAAUUUUAGGUUUUUUUUUUUCUUUUGCAGACUGAAUCAAUUUUGCUUUGGUUGAAAUUUUUUUUUUUGUUUAAGAUGAGUGGGAAUCGAACCCAUGACCUAUAGCGUACUACCCAAAUCCCUCACCACGACCAAACCAAGUGGCUUGUUUGAAUGUUUAUUUACUUUCUGUGAUUGUUGAAUUGAAUAUCGUAAUACCUUAUGGGAAAGAUAACAAGUUAGAUUUCAUUCAUGAUUUUGGAAAAUUUCAUGAGAAACUGUUCUAGGAAAAUUUGUCUGAGAAAAAAAAAAAUUAAUACCUGAACAGAAGUAAAGAAGAGAUUUUUUGACUAAAAAUUGGCAGGACCAAUUAUUUAACCUUUGUAAAUGAACUUAUUUUCAAGAUUUGUUGAUCAAUGCUGGAAUGUAGACGUUUUGUUGAAAAUGCUGAGUGUUUUCCAAACUUGAUAAAGCUGGCCUGCUUGUUGCCACAAAAAGAAGAUAAUUUACGGAGCCGAAUUUCGAAGUUUCUGUUAUAUGUAUCUGAAUGUUUUGGGGAGUCCUAUGUGACAUGCAUAAUGCUACCGGUAAUUUUAACUGCAGUAGGGGAUGACGCAGACUUGACUUUUUUUCCUACUGCUAUCCAUUCAAGAAUUAAAGGUUUGAGGCCAAGAUCUGCCGUUGCUGACAGGCUUUCUGCAAUGUGUGUCUUACCGCUUCUGUUGGCCGGUGUUUUGAGUGCUCCUGGAAAACAUGAACAGUUAGCUGGAUAUUUAAGGAAGCUUCUACUAGAAGAUAAUUCCAUGGAAAAUCGAUCAACCAAGCAAACUCCUGAUAUUAUUAAUGCUAUCCGCUUCAUUUGGUUCGAUUAUCACCACAAACAUUUUUAAAAUUCAACGUAUUUUUGUCCAAAAUUCAUUACGAGCUUUCUUUAUAAUGCAGCACAUAUGAAGAAUAAAUGCUGGUAUUUAAUAUAUUAUGGGAAAUGGUGAUCAGCUCUAACAUGUGCAUGAAAAUAAAUGCUGCCCAUCUGCUGAAAGUUAUUGUUCCAUAUAUUGAUGCAAAGGCUGCUUCAACUCAUGUUUUGCCUGCUCUAGUUACUCUUGGAUCUGAUCAAAACCCGAAUGUAAAGCAUGCCAGCAUAGAUGCAUUUGGUGCAGUGGCUCAGCACUUCAAAAAUGAGAUGAUUGUUGACAAGAUACGUGUUCAAAUGGAUGCUUUUCUUGAAGAUGGUUCCCACGAAGCUACUAUUGCUGUUAUUCGUGCGUUGGUGAUUGCCGUACCACAUACAAUAGAAAGACUUAGAGAUUAUCUUUUGUCCAAGAUUUUCCAACUUACAGCAAUGCCGAAUGCAGCAAAAGAUUUAUGUGUUGACGAGAGCGAGCUGAUGCAUUCUGUGAGGCAAUCCGUGCUCUGGAUGCUACAGAUAACCGUGUUCUGUUGUCAUAAGAUUCAAAAAAAAAAAUCAUGGAUUGGAAAUAUGUAAUCUACACAUGGAUCUACCAGUUUUGUAGUUUUUCUGUAUCCCGAUUGGUAACUGUAAUGUAUGGAUCUUUGUAGCUUUUCUUUGAAAGACUUGGAUGCACUGGAUCUGUGUAGCACUUUUACUCCUUGAGGUGCCAUAACCUCCACUGAGUAGAUGGAGUUAGGAUUUCCCACAUUUGUAUGAAUUAUGUGCUGCUUAUUGCUUCCUUCGUUUGAAUGCUGCAAUGCAAGGAAGAGGGACCAGCCCACCUUAAGUUCUGAGUCUCUCAUUAUCAUAUAGUGCAACAUAACAAACAUUUAGAGUAGUUUUGUAUUCACUAGUAUUUUAGUUUGAACACGGCAUCGGGGACCAACUACCCAAAUACAAAUGUAGUUAUAAAGUUAGUUGGUGACCAACUAACUUAAGUUACUUAACCAGUAUUAAGUCAUAUAAAAAUAGCAGUUUUUUUUCCAUUCUAAGGAGCCUAACUAUAAAACUCACACACACACAGACGAAGUGUUGAUAAGUGGGGAAUCAUGGACUCGAACUCGCACUCCAACAUAUCAAAUGUCUAUGUAACAUUUUACCAUUGAGCUUUACUUACGGGACAAAUAAGUAAUAACAGUGUUUUAGUGACUCAAGUGUUAACA